AUGGCAUCUCUGCUGCUGCUGCUGCUGCUGCUGCUGCUGCGAGUCAGGAUGUGGUCGAGUACCGACAUGGGUUCAGGAUGGAUGCGUCGGGGAUGGUGGGAAAUGCGCCUGGCUAUCGAUCUGGCGCCUUCCGAGCAUCAUUGGUUCCCUCCGGAAGUAGAGCCCCUCCGGCAACCAUGGAACAUGGCUUCCUUAGCACCUCUGGGCAGCUACACGCGGAUCACUAAGGUCCUGACUUGUCUCUGGCUCUCUGCUGUGAGGGUCUUUUCUUUCCAACAGACGUCCGGAACCUGGAUCAAUAAUCCGGUAUUGAUCCGCUGCUGCCAUGUUUACAAUCCCUCGUGUCCUAUCAAUCAAGCGAUCAAUUCAUUCAUCAAACUAUUUGUACCCCUUAGCGACAAAUAA